AUGAAGUGCCUGCUGAAUUCGGUGCGCCUGGAUAGAGAAAGACCCUGGAGCUACUACAGGCUAGGAGAUCAUCUCAUUGGUAUAGUCACCAGUGCAGUAACACUAUCACAGAAAAUAUUGCUUUUCAACCUGCUUCCUUAUAAUCAGCCUCACUUUUUACCUUAUGGUUACAAAGGAAUAGAACGCUUUAUUUUCACCAUUCAAGAGAUCAACAAGACUAUCCAGCUCCUGUGCAAUCUCACACUUGGCUACAAUAUCCAUGAUAACUAUUUGAACACACUUGGCACUUCAGAAGUCUUGCUGGACAUGCUCUCCCCUGGAAAAGCCAAUGUUCCCAACUACAGCUGUGGAAGGAGGGACAACAUUUUGGCUCUUUUUGAUGCAGCUGACAGGGAGAUUUCCAACCAGAUGUCCACAUUAGUAGGCACCUACAAAGUCCCACAGAUCAGUCAUAGAAUUGCUUCAGAGACACUGAGUGACAAAAGUAAAUUCCCAUUUUUCCACCAGAUGCUCCCCAAAGAAGGGUUUCAGUAUUCAGCAAUUGUCCAAGUGCUCCUUCAUUUCAGAUGGACCUUGAUUGGUCUCCUUGCUCCAGACACAGAGGAGGGAGAAAAUUUCCUGAGGAUUUUCCCUCCUUUGCUUAUCAGGAAAGGAAUUUGUGUUGUUAUAUCACAACGAUUCUCAAUGACUGGAGAUCUAGUACCCUUUAGGGAUUCCAGCUUUUCUCGCUGGAAACAAGUCAAUGUCUUUGUUCACUUCACAGAACACAUUAUCGUUUCAAGCACAUUUCAUAUUUUUCAGAUAACACUUGCCACUUUGUCAGGACCCAUCAGAGAGAAAAUCUGGAUCACCACAACUUUGGGAAACUAUAUAAUGCAACAUCUUGGAUAUCACAAAUACAUCCAUAGUAUUUGGAGCUUUGAAUUUAUGCAAAAAAUAAGGCCAACCUAUGGUGCUUUUGAAGCCUUUUCCUUUAUAGACUCCCAGUAUGAAGACAAGAGUUUUCAGUGUUCUUUUUCAACACAUGUUUAUGCUGUCAAAGGCCGGAAAAGAUGCACCCAAAAAACUGCUGUGGAGACAGAAGAUGAAUUGAACGGGAUGUUGGUUGAAAACAGUGAUUCUGGUUACAUUAUCUUUAUGACUCUGGCUCAUGUCUUGAAGGCUGCAUAUUCAUCCAGAUCCUGGAGAAGAGGGAAGGAGGUCCAAGAGACACUGGAGGUUCCAAGGCUGAAGCCGUGGCAGUCUCUGCCUCAGUCCCAAUGUGUGAAAAAUUGUCGUCCUGGAUUUGUCAAGCAAAAGCAAGAAGGAGAGCCCAUUUGCUGCUUUGACUGUGUUCCCUGUCCUGAGGGGACCGUCUCCAUUCAUGAAGAUACAGAAAAAUGCACCAAGUGUCCAGAUGAAAAAUAUCCAAAUGUGGACAGGAUCCAAUGUAUCCCCAAAGUUAUAUCUUUCCUUUCUUAUGGAGAACAUCUGGGAAUCAUUCUGGUCUCUUUUGCCCUAUUCUUGUUCUUAGCUACAGGCCUUGUUUUAAUCAUAUUCAUUAAACAUCUAGAAACUCCCAUUGUGAAAGCCAAUAACCGAGACCUCUCUUACAUCCUCCUGGUCUCCCUCCUGCUUUGUUUCUUGUCUUCUUUUCUCUUCAUUGGUCAACCAAGGAAAGCUACUUGCCUUCUGCGACAAACAGUUUUCAGCAUCAUCUUCUCAGUUGCCAUUUCUUCUCUCUUGGCCAAAACCAUCACAGUGGUGCUGGCUUUCCUUGCCACAAAACCAGGAAACCGAGUGAAGAGAUGGUUGGGGAAGAGCUUGGCCAACUCCAUCAUCCUUUCUGGUUCUAGUGUCCAAAUUAUGAUCUGUUCCAUCUGGUUGGGAAUUUCUCCCCCAUUCCAUGACUCUGACCUCCAUUCCCAGCCUGGAGAGAUCAUCCUGCAAUGCAACGAAGGCUCUGUUCUCAUGUUCUACAUCACCCUCAGCUACAUGGGCUUCCUGGCUGCCAUUUGCUUCACAGUGGCUUUCCUGGCCAGGAAUCUUCCUGGAACCUUCAAUGAAGCCAAGCUGAUUACCUUCAGCAUGCUGGUCUUCUGCAAUGUUUGGGUCUCCUUCCUGCCCACCUACCUGAGCACCAAAGGGAAAUACAUGGUGGCUGUGCAGGUCUUCUCCAUCUUGACCUCCAGUGCUGGUCUGCUGGUCUGUAUCUUCAUCCCCAAGUGCUACAUUAUCAUUUUGAGGCCAGACUUAAAUACAAAGGAGCAUCUUACAACCAGAAGAAAUGUAUAA